AUGCGCGGGGCGGUGCCGGGCGGCGAGGCGGCGGCCGGCGCCGCGGACGGCCGCCCGGGCGGCGCGGAGGGCGGGCAGGCGGCGGUGGUGCGGCUGGAGAGAGUGGACGGCCUCGCCGAGGAGCUCAUCAAGACCAUCCAGGACGCACAGGCGCAGUUCCACCGGGAGAGGGACGCGGUGGUGCUGGAGUUCGAGGCAUCGAGGGUGCAGCUCCACACGGAGUACUCCCAGAGCUGUCUCGGAUCGCAGGUCCUGGGCCGCCCCAUGGCUCUGCCGCUGGUGUACGCACCCGCGCACAGGGGGGACAGUGUGCCGCCUUGGUCAGAUGUGGCGGCCAAGGACCGCGAGAUCGCGCAGCUCAAGGCACAGCUCAAGGCGGCCAGCGCCCCUGCCGUGGGCGAGGGAGCCAGCGAUGCUGAAGACCCCCAGGGACGGCUUGCAGAGAUUGCUUCGCUCCUCCGUGCCUUGGGCUCAAGCACCGACCCAGCCAUCAUGGGCGCGCGGGAGGCCCUGUCCAAAGAACGGGAGGCCAUCAAGCUGCGCAUCGUUGAGGCGAAGCCAUUCGCGGGCCAGCUCCACCACUAUACCACCCGCAUCGACGCGCUCGUGCAGGCGAAGGACAAGCGCCAGGCCGCGCUGCAGGACCUGCAGGAGCAGCGCAAGCGCCUGGAUGACAGGAUCACCGAGACAGAGGGCCAGAUCGCUGAGAUCACGGCCGAGGUGCAGGAGCUUGAGGCGCUGCGCUGGAAAGUCUCGGCCAAGGCACCCACGGCUGCACCUGGCGAGUGCUCCCUGCGCGCGCUCGUGCCCGCAGUCGACAUUUCGGUCGAGAAGAUGGGCGAGAUGCUCCAGGGCCUGGGCGCGGACGACCAGCUCGCGCAGUCGGUGGCCACGGUCUUCAGCCAGCUGCGCGCGCUCGCGGACAAGGCAGCUGCAGCAGAGUCGGACGCAUCGCCAGCACCAGGGCAACCUGAAGGAGGCAGCUCCAGCGCAGCUGCGCCUAGUGGACCCGCAGACAUGCCGUCGGCGGGACAGCAGCAGGAGGCGCAAGCCAGGCCUGUCCCCAUGGACACAGACGACCUGGACGAGUUGCGGGAGUUUCUGCGCAAUGCCACGGGCGAGGACCCUCCGCAGGAGGAGGCGCAGGUCAGGGAGGCCAUCAAGCGAAUGGCCAAUGCGAUGGGGACACUUCAGGACAAAGCGGCUUUCGGCCUCGCCUACCUGGUAAAGUUCAUGUUAGUCUUCUGGUUGGUGAAGUUUUGGACGGACAUCAACCUCAUCUACGACAUCCUGCUGAGGAGCAUCAUGGCGAUGACCAGCGACUCCCUGAGCUACAGAAUACAGCGCGCCAUCACGGGUUUCAUGGUGUAUGGACUGCGGCCGCACCCGCGGGCCGAGGCGGCACUUGCGGAGGUGGGUUGUGCCAGGUUCCCGCCCAGACGGCAAUGGGCACGCGUGAAGCAGCUAAUCGAUCAAGCUUCAGAUGGUGUGACCUUGGCCGCGGCGUGGGAUGGGGUUAUUGCUACGAUGGAGCAUGAGAUCCUCAACCGCAAUGACAUAAUGGACAUGACGCAGCGGGGACUCUAUCACGGCCGAGCUGGCCCAGACCAAUGGGUAUGGAAGCGAGUGCAGGCAGUCGUACCACCGAGACCGAAGCGGUUGAGCGCCUACCAGCAGUAUGGCAAAUGGUGUCGGCAUCUACGCUCCACAUACACACGAAUGCACACGGCCCUCCAGCGCAUAAUGGAGGAAGCAGAUGCGAACCGUUUUCCCGCAAGACUAUUGCCAGACAUUUACGGCCAGCACGGACACUACGUCAACAGCCUGGGCAGUCUUGACCAAGGUCUGGCCAAGGAGCAGCGGUUGUUCGCGCAACUCAGUCGGGACCUUCAGGGUUUCUUCGCGCGAGUUGUACGUACUGACUGGGUUGGGCCGCUGCUUGAUUAUGAAGAUCGACUCCAGCUCCACAGUCUGCACGACAGGUUUUAUGAGCCUGACUUCCUAGACAGGAUAGACCAAGCCCUGGACAAGGUGAAUCGCGUGACGGAGGCCAUACGCAAGUUUGCUGGCAUCGAAUGGGCGCAGUGGGCCAAGCAGGCAUUUCAAAAUGGGGCUGGCAAAGCGCACAGGUACACCAGGGUGCGCGAGCUACAAGAGACGUUGCAGUAUGCCGAGAAGGAGGUCUUCGAGGAGCGCGACGCGCUGCACGGUGACACAGCCAGCGCGCGGUCCAGUGACGUGGUCACCGUCAACGCUGGAGGGCGGCUCUGCACCGUGAAACGCGAGACGCUCUGCGUGUGCCAGGGCUCCUUCCUGGCCGAGCUCUUCAGCGGUCGCUGGGAGAGGCAGCUGCAGAAAGACGCCCAGGGCAACGUCUUCCUCGACGUCGACCCCGCCAUCUUCGAUCUGCUGCUCCAGUUCCUGCGAGACAAGAAGAUAGAGACACCGGACCGGCCCGCGGCGUCGCCCAGCGUCCCGAGGGAGGACCUGCCGCACUUCCAGGCCGUGGUCGACUACCUCGGCCUGCGGCCGUACGUCAAGGUGCCGGGCCUGGGCCCCGAUGGCUGGGGGGCGCCCGCGCCAGCCCCAACGACGCCGCCCCCCCGAGCGGCGUCGGCGGUGGCCACGCCGGCCGCGGAGGACCCUCGCGGCGCCUCCAUCCUCGAGGCCGCCGGCUCCUUCCUGGCGUCCCGCCUGCCCGCGUUCGCGGGCGGCGCAGCGCUGGGCGGUGCCGACGCGCCCGCGGCGGCGGCCGCUGACGCCGCCGGCCUCGGCGCCGGCGCGGCUGGCGCCGGCGGGGCGGAUGCCCCCCCGGAGGGCCAGCCCGCGAAGGUGGUCGGCUGGUCGCAGCGCUUCGCCCAUCCGGCGGUGCGCCGCGGCGACACGGAUGCGGAGGUCUCCAGGGUCCUGCCCCGGGGAGCUGCCGUGGCCGUCGCCCUCGUCGGGGACACCAGCGCCCAGGGCGUGGCUGCCGCCGUGCGCUCCACGCGCGGCUUCCAGAGCGGCGUGCACUACUGGGAGGUGCAGGUGCAGGCCGGCUCAGACCCGUCGCACGUUGGCCUCGUCUCCGCCGACUGGGCCUCCGUCCACGCCCCCGUGGGGUGCGCUCCGCAGUCCUGGGGCCUCGCCUCCAACGGGGUCGUCUACGCGUGCGGCGAGAGGAGAGCCGCGCUGCCCGUGACGUACGGCACGGGGAGCACCGUCGGCGUGCUGCUGGAGCUGGGCGCGCCAGGCCAGCGGACCGCCGACCUCUUCGUGGACGACCGGCGCUUCGCCGGGGCCUUCCGCGACCUCCCGGAGACGGUCUACCCGGCCGUGUCCAACAUGCGUGCGCCGGCCAGAUACCGCCUCGUCUGCGACGCGGACCCCCCCGACGUCGAGGGCGAGCCCCUGCCCGGCGCGGCG